AUGAUUUCCGUCAAGUCAAUCCCAAAAGUCUCAUUAGAUACUACCAGGCCAACAAAGGAAACAGAGAACUCGAAAGUAGCUGACCAGCUAGGCUUCAAACACCUUGAAUUUCUCGGAUGUGGAACUUUAGGAGAAGUAUCGCUAGUGAAAAGUAAAGCAAGAGGUGGACAGUCAAUUGUUAUGAAAAGAAUGUGGUUGAAGCAAGGAUGUUAUCAGAAUGAGUGCGACAUUCAUCGAGCGUUGAGCGUCGGAAAACACGCAAACAUCAUCAGAAUGCUCGCGUCGUAUGAAACUAAGGAUUAUGGAGUUAUCAUGAUGGAGUAUGCAGACCAAAAUGAUUUGAGCUCCCACAUUACCAAAAUAAUGGAUAUGAAAAAAGUUCAUAAGUUUUUCAAGAAUAUGGUGACAGGCAUUCAGUUUAUCCACAAACACGGAUAUUGUCACCGAGAUAUCAAGCCUCAGAAUCUUCUUAUUUCACACGGAAAAUUGAAAAUUUGCGAUUUCGGAUUGGCGUGCAGAUACCAAGACGAGAACGGUCCGUUCAAAGUGCCAGGUGGAUACGGAACACGGAUGACUGGUGCACCAGAAAACUUCAAAGGAGGUCUCGUCGAUGGGCCACCGCUCGAUGUAUGGUCGAUGGGGAUCGUGUUGGUGGACAUGAUUUGUAAUCAAAUUCCAUGGGAGCAAGCAAUCCGAAAGAACGUGCUCUUCAACGGAUACUGUACCCAACCGGACUGGAAAAGUGAGGAAUUUGAUACAAUAAAGGAAGAAGAUGAAAGAAUUUUGACUCUUGUGAAAAACAUGCUUCAAGUGGACGUCUCAAAACGUUGGACAGUGGAGCAGAUUCAAAACGAUGAUUGGUACUGCAACUUCGUUGAUAAAUGGCCGAACCAUAAAGCUCUCCAAACCCCGAAAAGAAAAACGUAUGAAGAACAAUUUGAAGAGGAGGCGGUGGCAACAGCGAAGAAACCGAGAAACGCUCAAAAUGCUGCAUGCAAGUGUUGCCGUUAG